AUGACUACAUCCACGGUCGAGCUACAUACCCUCGUGUCUGCAUCUCUUGGGCCAGAGGACUGCAUCGACUUUUACGAAAAUCCAUAUACGGCGCUAGGAAAGCUACAAGAUGCUGUCAAAAGCAAACAACUCGAACCGCCAAUUCCAACAGAGAAACCAGCCGAUGGGGACAUCAAUGGCAUCGACUGGCAUGAAUAUGACCCUCCGGUAGCACUUAGAAAAACGCCCAACGUCACGUCUCAGAUCCUCUUAGAUAUCGUCUUCACCUCGAUUGAAAACGUCAAGACAAAAGUCGGCGAAGAGCAACGUCGAAAGAAAGAGGCCGCAGAGGAGGCUGCUCGUCGGACAGCAGAAGAGAAAUCAACGGCAAAGGGAAAGGAGCCUUAUUUGCCCAUAUCCAUUCCUCCCGAGAAUCCUCCAGCCAUAUCAUCAAGUAGCAGAGUCAAGAAUUCCAAGGAUUUGGUCAUGUCAGGGGCGGUGCCGGAUUUCGUUCUCUUGGACCCCCUGGGAGUACCAAUCAAAGAAGAGAAACGUCGAAAGUUUGCUCUACGCAAUUUGUUCCAGCGAAGUCCACAAGGGGGAGAAAGCAGUGCCGCCGGGCGAGCUCGUGAAGCUCUUCAACACAAAGUAGAGGCCAAGAUUAUGUCUGUCGACUCGAAGUCGGCCAAUCCGAAAACUUUGGAAGCCAUUACUGCGCUCAAAAAGACCAGGCUAUUCAAGACUGCUAAUCCGAAUGCACUUGUCGAAUGCGUUUCAUGCCUCGACGACGUCCCCGUGAAAGAUACGGUCAAGGUUCCAUGUCAUAGCUAUUGCCGCGACUGUUUCGUCCGUCUAGUAACAGCAGCAGUUCAAAAUAAACAACAGUGGCCGCCUAAAUGCUGCCUAAAUCAAAUCCCCUUCAAGACCGUUCUGAAGAAUAUUCCCGACGACCUCAAAAAGACGUUUCACGAAAGAUCAUCGGAGUGGGAAAUUCCCGUCAGCGAGCGAGUAUACUGUCAUGUUCCUGACUGUGGCGCCUGGAUUAAGCCUGGAAAGAUCAGUCUCGCCAGGCGUCAAGCUCUCUGCAAACGCAAUCACGUUACAUGUACCAUUUGCCGAGGCCAAGCGCACGGAAACAACGACUGCCCUCAGGAUCAAGAUUUGAACUUGACCAACCUCCUAGCAGAGGAAGAAGGUUGGAAGCAUUGUUACUCUUGUCAUGCCUUGGUGGAACACAAGGAGGCAUGCCAACAUAUGACGUGCAGAUGCGGUGCUCAGUUUUGUUACGUCUGCGGGCUUCGGUGGAGAACCUGUGGGUGUACAAUGGAACAGCUACAUGCCAUCAAAGGGGCUGCCGAAGCUCGCAGGGGGCAGAGAGUAAUCAACGAGAGAGCAGAAGCAGAGGAGCUGCGCGAGAUUCUUGCCCAGAUCGAGGAGUUUGAGCUCCAAGAAGCUUGGAGACUCGAGAUUGAAAGGCUUGAGCAGGAAAGGCUGGAACUGGAACGUUGGCAAGCCGAAGUUGAAGAGAGACUAAAAAUGGAGGAGAUCCGCCGUCAAGAGGUUGAGAUCAAGUACCAGCAGCUACGCGAGAUGCUGGAUGAACUUCAUGAGCUCCAACAGGUCAUGGCUGAUUCGAAGCAAGACGAAGAUGCUAGAGACCUAGCUGCGGAAGCCGAGUUAGCCAAGAUACAAUUGGAGGGUAGGCAGCAAGCUGAGCGUGAUAAUCUUGACUCUCUAGUGCAAGUCAAGCUCAGAGCUAGAGAGGAUAAGUACGCCAUGGAAUAUGCUGCUCGAGUGGACUUGGAGCGUCAACUGGAGGAGGGUUACCUAGCUCAGCUUCGCGAAUUUUGGGCUGAUAAAGUUGAUGGGGAAGAACGGGUUGAAGCAAGCAUGUUGCCAUUACGCCAACGCAUGGAUCUGGCGUACAGGACGUGGCAGAGGUGGAGGGACGACCAAUUGCACCAUUACCGCACCAAGCUCGAGGAGGAGCGAAGUGUAAAGGAAGAGCUCAUGUACAGCGCGAGAAGGAGGAACGACGCAGCGUAUGUGGACAAGGAGACGGACCUGACGAGGCGAAUGGUGGCGGAGAAGAAGUGGAUUCAAGAGGUGAUUCUGGAGCGUGAGCGAUUGAUUGUGGGAAUGGAGCUUCGAGAGACUCAAGACGACACGGAUAGUUUGUUCGCCGUGGAGAAUCAAGAGAACAACGAGUGA